AAGAGCUCUUAGUUCUUCAUCAACACAUACAAUUUGCAGUAAAUUGAAACCAAUGGUGAUUUAAAUAUAUAUUAGAGAGAGAUAGAGUGUUUUCCAAUUACGUAUUUUGGUGGAAAAAAAAAAAAAGAAGAUGGAAAUUCGAUUGCAAUUAAUCUUCUUAAUAUUCUUAUGUCUAUCUUCAAUCAACAGAUCUGUAUCUCUUCCCUCCAUAGAUAAUCUUGGAAUUGCCCCUCAAGAUGUGAAUUAUUACAAGGGUUUAUCAUUGGGUGCUAUAAAAUGCAAAGAUGGGUCAAAGAAAUUCACUAAAGAUCAGCUCAAUGAUGAUUUUUGUGACUGCCUUGAUGGGUCCGAUGAACCAGGAACUUCGGCAUGCCCCAGUGGGAAGUUUUAUUGCAAAAAUGCAGGACAUGUUCCUCUUUCCGUAUACUCAUCUAGGGUUAAUGAUGGCAUUUGCGAUUGUUGCGACGGGAGUGAUGAGUAUGAUGGUAAAGUUAAGUGCCCAAAUACAUGUUGGGAGGUCGGCAGAGUAGCUAGAGAUAAAUUGAAGAAAAAGAUUGCAACGUUUCAGGAAGGUAUAACUCUAAGGAAGAAGGAGAUUGAAGAAGCUAAACUUGCAAUAGCAAAAGAGGAAGCUGAACUCUCUAAGCUGAAAAAUGAGGAGAAGAUACUUAAAGAGAAGGUUGAACAGCUUAAGGAGAAAAAAGAACAAAUUGAGAAGGCUGAGGAGGAAGAACGGUUAAAAAGAGAAAAGGAAGAGAAGGAGCGAAAGGAAGCUGAUGAUGCUAAGCUAGAGGCAAACAAAGCUGAGGAGAAAACUGAAGUUCAAGAAGAAGCUGUGAAGAGUGACAUCCACGAUAAGAUUGGCCUCCUGGAAGACUCUCCUUCCGUAAAGGAUGUGGUAGAAGGCCAUGACAAAGCUGCGGAUGAAGAACACCAUGGUGGCCAUUCCGUGAACGAGGAGUUCCCUGUUGACGAGGUAGAGCAGGUGCCUGAGGAUUCUUCACAGCAUCCUGAAAUAAAAGAGGAGUUGUCCACCAACAGUGAUAAGGCUGAUGUUAGUAGCAGAAAUGAGGAGAAAGAUGCUACUGAAAAUACAGAGUCACUGUCAAAGGAAGAGUUAGGUCGUGUUAUUGGUUCUCGUUGGUUAGGAAAAAAGAGCGAACAGGAAACUGAGUCAGUUGAUGCUGGUACAGAUAGCAACCAUGAUAACCAUGAUGAUGUGCUAUCUGAUACCAAUGAAGAGGAGUAUAACGGAUAUGAUUCUGAUGUUGAUGACCGCAAGUAUGAUGAUGAUGAUGAACACAAGUAUGACGAUGAUGACAGUGAGGACCAAGUUGAAGAUUUUGUUGGAGAGGAUCAUGAUUCAAGUUCUUCACAUAAGUCUGACUCUGAUGAUGAUUCUGAUUCUGCAGAUACUACAACUACAAGGAAUCCUUCGUGGACGGAGAAGAUACAAAAAACUGUAAAGAGAAUUUUUCGGGCUGUCAAUUUGUUCCAAACUCCGGUGAACAUUUCUGAUGCUGACAGCAUACGCAAAGAGUACGAUGAGGCAAGUGCUAAGUUGACAAAAAUCGAAUCAAGGCUAUCUAGCUUGAAGCAAAAGUUGAAACAAGAUUUUGGACCGGAGAAGGAAUUCUAUUCAUUCCAUGGUCAAUGUUUCGAAAGCAAGGAGAACAAGUAUACAUAUAAGAUUUGCCCUUUCAAACAAGCUACCCAAGUUGAGGGCUACAGUACAACUCGGUUGGGGAACUGGGAUAAAUUUGAGGAUUCCUACAGAACCAUGCAAUUUACAAGUGGUGACCAUUGCUGGAAUGGGCCAGAUAGAAGUUUAAAGGUCAAAUUAAGGUGUGGUUUGAAAAAUGAACUAACUGAUAUAGAUGAACCGAGCCGCUGCGAAUAUUUAGCCUUUUUGUCUACACCGGCACUUUGUCUUGAAGAAAAGCUGAAGGAACUACAAAAUAAACUAGAGAUGAUGAAUAGUGAGCAACCACAAGGUCAUGAUGAACUAUGAUCCCUCCAGUUCGGCUGCUUGGGAAUGGCACCAUUGGCCUCAUGGGACGCAAAAACGGGCAAAGUUGAUCCAUUGACGUAUUUCCUCAAGAAGAGUAUUAACUAUAUAUGAAGUCGUACCUCUUUAUAUUUUUACUCCGGAACUCCUGAUGUAGUUGCCAAUUUUCUUAAGAUUUGAACAUUGCUUCCUACAAGAAUAUCGAAGAUGGAUGGCUUGGAGGCUUUUUGAAGAUUUCUUGAAUGAGUGAAGCCAGUAUUAGGACACAAUUAUCCAUUUUAAGGACUUAUAUUUUCGACUUCAUUUGGAAUACUAUGUUACUUGGUUUAGGAACAUUGAUGAUCCAUUGAGGCCAUAGUUGGUGCUCAGAUUUUAGAAAUGAGAACGAUAGCAUACGGAAUUAUGUAUUUUGUAAUCAGGAAAUUUAUCAUAGUUGUACCAAUUGUCGUUUUA